AUGGAUAAGGAUGCAUUCAAAGAUCCCCGUCCCUCUUUCUUUAUCCCUCUCUACGUUGUAGAAAUACGUACAUUCCUGGAUCAUGAGCGCGUACACCGACAAGUGCUCACUUGGAACCUACCACUCUCUCGGUUCUCUUGACGGCGUCUUGAAUCGGCUCGCCGCAUUCCUCCUCCCUUCGUUCGAUUCAACUUAUGUUGGACGCAUCCCCACCCUCUCUUCCUCUCGCUCAGUAUCUCUCCGCCGUUUCCUUCCUCUUUUGUUAGAUGUUGUCCUCCCCUUAUUCUCCUACGAUUCCUUCUCCCUUCUUCCUUCGUCCAUUUUGAUCUUCGCGGUGUCGCUUUCAUUUGCUUGCGUGGUGGUUUUAUUCGAACAUCUUCAAGAGGACUAAAAUCAGGAACGUGGUCGCAUCCUUUUUCUAUCGAAAUGAUUGGUGGAUAAUCGUUUGGGGCAGAUCUUUUUAAGUUUCAUGAUCGUGGGUGGUGUGUUUUUUUGGUGGUUGUUGGAUGCUCCUUGGGUGCUUCUGGUUAUCCUCUACGAAUUCAUUUGUCUGGACCUUUUUUUUUUCUUUUUUUCUGUUUACUUCAACGAUGGAGCCAUAAUCAGGUGUUAUCAUGGCCUCGUUUUCUUUUAAUGCAUCUUAUGGUUCAGUGAUUCGAUUACUCAGUUCCGAUUCUCUUGAUAUUGAAAUUUCAGGUACACGAAAAUCACUGUUGUUGGUUAUACAGUUGAUGGUUGAUGUUAGCCUGUUAGGCCUCAAGAUUUGGUUAAAGGAAGAAAGAAGAGAGACCUAUAUAGAGGAGCAACCACUUCAUGGUCGAUUGGUUCUUUGCUUUUAGCUUUUUUCUGAUUUACUUAUUGGGCUCCUUUCGAGUAACCAAAAAUAAAUUAUAUGGAACUGAAUUCUCAAUCGAUUUGAGUGCCUGUUAUGGAAUUGAGAAUUUUGAUCAGAAAACGAAAGAUGGCAGCUCAACUGAGCAAUAACCAACAGAUUGAUCAGUCACUCGGAAGCCGUUACUCCACCUGGAUAACUGAGGUUUUGGAUGAAAUGCCGGAAAACUUCCUCAUCACUGAUCCAUGCCUCUCUGGGCACCCUAUUAUCUUCGCGAGCAGAGGUUUCCUGAAAAUGUCAGGAUAUUCUAGAGAAGAAGUUAUCGGAAAGAAUGGGCGCAUCUUCCAGGGACCGGAUACAGAUAGGCGAUCAGUUCUCGAAAUUCGAGAAGCAAUUAGAGAGGAGAGAGGCAUUCAGAUUAAGCUGUUGAACUACAGAAAGGAUGGAACACCCAUUUGGAUUGUUUUCCAUUUAAGCCCUGUUUUUUCAGAAGAUGAUGGAAGGGUUAUUCACUUCGUUGCAGUUCAGGUUCCUAUCUCAAGAAAAGCUAGUAUAUCACAGUCUGGCUUUCGAAAUUUGGAACCAGUGAGUGGCUUGGACUCGACAGCCCCAAAUUCAUGCACAUGGAGUAGGCACUCUCCUGACGUAGGAAACCUUGAUGUCAAGGCAGAUUGUCCAAAGCUGGAGAUAUGUUUCGGUUCUUGUCGAAGAGAGAUCCUCAAAGAUUCAGUUAGGGGGUUAAACAAAUCUUUGUUACCUGACGCUUCUCCUGAACCUGAUAGCAGAGAACUGCAGUGUGAGGAUGCCUGUGAAGAUAUCAAUCUUGAGAAAAAGAAGGCUACAGCUGCAAUUGACAGCAUACUUUCUACAUUGGCUCACUACAGCAAGCUGAUGGGGAAAUCUGUCUGUGGCAGAAGAACUGAUCCAUAUUUGCCUGAUAUGCCCAUCGUCUAUGCAAGUGAUGGGUUCCUAAAUUUGACAGGCUACUCUAGGCAUGACGUGUUGGGACGCAACUGCAGAUUUUUACAUGGACCUGACACAGAUCCAGACACUGUUGCUCAGAUUCAAGAAAAUAUGCAGAGUUGGAAGACAUUUCAUGUUCGUAUUUUGAAUUACAGGAAAGAUGGCAGCUCAUUUUGGAACUGUCUGCAUGUAUCACCUGCUCGGAAUGCUUCAGGAAAGAUAGCAUUCUACGUUGAGGCUCAGUUGGACGAGAGUUCAUUAAAUGAGGAUGAUGGAUUGACCCCAGAAAUGAGACAAUUAGGCGCCAUUGGUGCAGUGAAGGUUGCAGUCAGGACCUUAUUUGAUGCUGGCCCGUCAAAGUCAUCAUAGACCUGCUCUGUAUUAAUCCAAAUUGGUGCCUGUUUGUCUUGGCAGUUAUCAGGGGCCAGUGAUCUGUUUCUUGAUAAUCUCUUGUAAUUGUUGUAACAUUAUCAUCUUAUAAAAUCGGAAUAAACUUAAUUA